GUUUUCUUUUUAGAAUCUAAAUCAAAGAAAAGUCUACUAUUGAGUUUUAAAUAAUAUAGAACUUUUUCCCUGUUUUUGAAAGGGGCUAAAAAUUUCUAUUGAAACAUAGAUCUUCAACGCAAUAAGUUCAUUACGUAUAAAAGUUUGCGUGUUACAUUCCGUGUGCUUACUUGUUUCGGACUGUUAAAAUUCCGAGAGCAGCGAAUUUAAUUUCAAAUCUAUUUCUCCAUGCGUUAUCUUCGCGGCUCUCUGGACUUUUCCGAAACAUAAAUUUUUUGUUAAACAUUUUAAUAUUGUAUAUACAAAACUUUGUUAACUUAUGAUUGUUAAAAUUUUUCGCCCGUGUUCAUCAUGAUAAAAACGUGCGGUGCGGGUAUCAAAAGCUUCGAGUUGACUUUCAUCUAAAAUUUUAGUUUUGGAAAACGAUGAAAACUCCUCAAACUAGCACAAGGACAUGCGAACAUUAGAAGGAAAAAAUCAAUACCGUUAUGCGCAGACUCGUCGCAACUAAACAUUGCAAACGACAAAUGUUGGGCGGACGAAAUAAUCUAACGAAAGCAAAGCAAUUCUUGAUAUAAAUUAAUGUAUAUUUUAUUAUAAGAAUAAUAUCAUAGCAACUCUGAAGUUUAUUAAAGUGUUAGAAAGCCGAGAGAAACCAUGUACACGUCCUUAUGUCAAAGUUCAAAUGUUUUUAGAAUUUAAUGAGAAAGAAAUCUUGUAUGGCUCUUAUGUUUAAUAAAUAAUAUAUUAACUUUUAAAGCACAAUUUAUUUGUCACGUUUUGUGUGAACAAUUUUUUUUUUGUUAGCGAGCAUUUGAUAACAGUAUGGUUACAAGGAGCGAUGAGCAAUCCAUUGAGGCAAAUUCUGUGAAGGAACGCCCAGUUUUUAUACCGCCACGUAAACGUCACACAAAUAAGAAAAGUAAUGGUACACAAAAUUAUGUUGAUCACAUUGCCAACGUUCAGAACCGCCAAAAGCUUUCGCCGUCUAAUACUGGUCUAGAAGAAGAUCUUUUAAACACGAAACUCUUGCUGAAAAAUAAGCAACCACUCCCACAAAUACCAAAUAAGUGUGCUAUUGAUGAUCAUUCGGGUGAAAGAAUGUCAGCUAAAUCAACGCAAUCUGUUGAUAACAUUUACGUGGAUGAUAACGAAUUAAAUAAUUUUGAGAGCGUUUCGCAAGAGACAAAAUCAACAAACCGGCAUGAAUCUGCAACGGUGACACCAAGUAGUUAUUCCGAAAGUAGUUUGGAUGCCAAAUUAAGUAAAUCACAUGACUGCUUGAGUAACCGAUCAUCGAAAAAAAAAGUGAAUAUCUGCACUAAUUUACCCCAAAUGAAAGUGGCACGCAAUUCUUCGGAAGUGACAAACUAUGAGGAUCUUGAGUCAGGCGAGACAAGUGUUUUAAAUGCCUUUGACAAUUCAUUGGAGAGAUUUAAUACGCGCAAGUCCUUGGAUAGCAAUUAUUUGACAAUGACCGGGACUAUAAAGCGAGGGCGCAAAAAGGGGCAAAAUGUGGAUUUGCAAUUGAAUAUCAGUCGGGACGAAUUGGAGAAAAUAAAUGCAGCUGCCGUGGCCAUGGAAGUGAAAAAAAAAGGAAAUUUAUGUUGUAAAUGUUCGAUCAGCACUGGUCCUCAUAUUUUGCUGUUGUCAUUAGUUUGUUGGCCCAUUGUUACUUUGGUUUCAAGUAUUUAUUCGUUUUACAUAGGCACUCUCACGUGGUACAAUAUGUUUAAUUAUUUGCACGAAGAAAAAUCCAUUGUAGUACGUUUUCUAAUGUCACCAAUAUUGGUGUUAGCUUAUCCGGUGGGCAUUGUAAUAUGCACCUUAGGCUUAGGCUUGUAUGCCGGUUUCGCACAGUUAAGUUUUCAGUUUACAAGUUGGAGUAAUGAAGUAGCCGACAUUGAGAAGGGUUUCUAUGGUUGGUUUUGUUCAACUCUCAAUUUAUCUGAUUGCAGCCCAUACGAAACAGUUAUAUUAACGGAAAUACGCGAACACCCAGUCAAAACAAGCGAAAAGCACAACUCCAGUGAAGAAUUAACAUUGUAAGAUGGUUAUAAGAAUAAAAAAAAGCGUGAAGGAUAAAGUGAUAAAUUUGAAAUUUUUAAUAACUUUCUAUUGGCUUCGAUUUAAUUAAAAACCAAAUCAAAUUUUUGUGUGAUAAAGACUUAAGGAUUACACCUCUUGAUACAAAUUAUAAUGAAAUUUCCUUUUUUUAUGAAAAUCUCCAACAUUUCUCCAUUUAGAUAACUUAAUUAUGCAAUAAUAUAUCUCUAUUGAAAAGGAAAGAGCAAUAGCAGCAAAUUUGUCGGUGCUGCUUUUGCAAUCUAAACUACUUUAAUAGAAAGCCGCUUAGUUAAUAACUCGGAAACAAAUAUAACCAACUUCUAUAUCACUUCAUACCUAAUAUAUACA